AUGGAGGCUACAAGUAAGGCACAGCAAAAGGUAUCGCAUGCUACGGACCGGCGAGUUAGGGAGCUGUAUCGCUAUUAUCGGCCGCAGUCGGAAUCGCUGCCGGCGAUUCCAGAGUGGUUAUCGACCGAUGCUGAAGGUGUACCACCACCAUCGUCGGUGUACAAUGGGACACCCCCGGUGACAACUCCGCCAUUGAUCGACGGCACCGGCUCCAAUAGUGGCUCUAGCAACACAUCUGCGCUAGGCCCAGAAGCGCUGGUUCUGGGCACGUCGAACAACACCUUGACAGCGUUUGCACAAUUAGCAGCCGUGCGGUUGGGAGUGGAGCGGGCCCUCAUUUGCGUGCUCGACCGCGAUAAGCAGUUUACACUGGCUGAGGCAACUCCGUCACUUAAUCUGGAUGAUACAUCUUCUUAUGAAACUAAAGACAGUUUAUGGACAGGAGUGACUGGAAGUCGCAAGGCAUGGAGUCUUUGCCAAGAUACUGUGGCCUUGUCCCGUUCUGACCGUGAAAAUGGCUCGUAUCCCUUCCUGAUUGUCGACGACCUGAGCCAAAAUGACCGUUACAAACGUUUCUCCUUCGUUGAGAAAGAUCCACACUACCGAUUCUUUGCCGGCACGCCAUUGAUGAGCGACAACAACAUCAAUUUAGGAUGCUUUCUUGUUCUCGAUUCGAAACCGCGAGAUGGAUUGUCUGCGUUGGAAAAAGGUACACUUGGCUCGCUCUCCGCAUUAGUCAUGGACUAUUUAAAAGUUUGUCGAGAAGCAUCUGAGGGUCGCCGUGCAGCACGCAUUUCGCGUGGACUGAGCUACUUCGUGGAAGGUAGCUCAAGUUUUGUGGACCAUGACAGCACAGUGGACCCUUCGCGCGCGGAUAGCACCGGCCUUUCUGCAACUCCAUCGUCCACUAAUAAUCGCAUCAGCGUGUCUGGGGGGUCGCGCGAAAACAACAUCGCUGAACAGGUAUCACAUUCCGGAUCGCAAGAUGUGGUGGCUCCAGAAAAUAUAUCGGAUGCUGCUUCUAAUAGCCAAAUGCAUGAUCGCUCCUCCAGCAAUGAUGCGCGUUCAAUCGGGUCUGGCGGAUCCGACUCCAAAAAUGAUACAGGGACGUCGCGUGUCACUGGUGGUUCCCUGCCUGAAUGGAUUACGAAUAGCAGUCGCAAUCGACUUCCACCGGGCGACUCACAGGGGAAUCCGUGGGUUUUCCGCCGCGCAGCAAAUCUUUUGCGCGAGAGUCUAGAUCUGAGCAACGAUGGCGGAGUCGCUUUUUUGGAAGCUGCAAAUACACCCUUAUUGGAUGAUGUGGACACCAGCGGCAGCGAUUGUGCAGCUGAAAUGAGCGGCCCUGCAACUGUGUUAUCCAUAUCUACGAAUGAGGAGCCAUUCUCACCAAGCGCGGGCUCCAUGACAAGCAUUCCCGCGGGGUCUUUGGAUCGCUCAUUCCUCUCGCUGCUAAUCCGACGAUACCCUCGAGGCAAGCUUUGGUCUUUCCAUCGCGAUGGAUUGAUAUCCACCUCGGACGAUGAUGAUCGCGAGCCCCGUGACCGCAGUUCUCCUUAUCCCAAUCGCUCACCGCCAGGAGCAUCCACGGCCAAUCUCAUGAAGCCUUUGAGUAAGCGCCGAAAAGCUGCGGAGAACUCCAUGCUCAACAAGUAUUUCCCUAAUGCUACUCAGCUUAUCUUUGUUCCCCUUUGGAACGCCGUCAACUCCCAAUGGUUUGCUGGCUGUUUCUGUUGGACUACUGAGGAGACACAAGUAUUUAGCUCUGCAGUGGAUUUGAGCUCUGUUAUUGGAUUUGGAACGUCUAUCAUGGCAGAGUACAGUCGCAUCGAGUCGCUGAUCGCAGAUCAACAGAAGGGCGAUUUCAUAGGGAGUAUAUCACACGAGCUUCGCAGCCCACUCCACGGCAUUCUUGCAGCCGCAGAGUUCCUCCAUGGAACCAACCUUAGUGAGUUCCAACGAAAUCUCAUUGAAACUGUUAAUAGCUGUGGCCAAACAUUGUUGGAUACAAUGAAUCAAGUCUUGGACUUCUCGAAAGUGGUAUCGCUAGAGCGAACUUGGAGAUCUCUGAAACGAAAAAAGGAAGGGUCGCUUGAUCUCAAGGGAGAUGAUAAGCUUGCAUCCCAUCUGGACUCUUAUGUCGUAACAGAUCUGAGCAUUCUUGCAGAGGAAGUGCCACAGUCCUACCACCAGAUCUUUGGUCGAGUAGUGCAAAAAGGAACACGAUCACGUUCGAACGUGGAUGUGAUUAUUGAUGUAGCAUAUGGCGAUUGGGUUUACCGGACUCAGCCCGGAGCUUUACGACGCAUCAUCAUGAAUCUGUUCGGGAAUGCAAUGAAAUACACUGAAUCUGGGCGUGUGUCUUUGAGCCUCGAAGCCAAAUCCCACUCCGAAGGCCGGACUCGGCGUCAGGGGCUGGAAGACCUCGUUGUAAUUCAGGUUGCGGACACAGGACGCGGAAUCUCCGAAGAGUUUUUGCGUACCAAGAUCUACGUCCCCUUUGCUCAAGAGAACUCCUUGUCUGUGGGUACCGGCCUUGGUCUCAGUAUUGUGCGAAGUUUGGUCAAGGCCUUGCAUGGCAACAUCAAAAUUCGCAGCCGUGUUGGCGAGGGUACUGUUGUACGAGUCUCAUUGCCCCUAGCAAGGCCUGUUGGCCUCGAGUCUCCCCCAAUGGAGCCAUCGGACUCACAUGACGCGCACAACGCCCCUGUGAAAGAAACUCAGAAAACAACCAUGGCUAUUCGAGAAAAAUUCCCUGGAAAGAGGGUCGCAAUUUGGGGUGUAGACCCAGCCCACCUGUCCGAAAACCCGGAGUGGGUCGAAAUCGCGCGGUACCUAACCGAGUGGUUCAGCCUCGAGAUCGUUGCGUGGCCGCCCCAUGGCCCCAUCGAUAUUUUGUUGGUGAAGGAGUUCGAUUUACCCGCACUCCGAGACACUGGACUUUCAGCGAUGUUGCCUGCUCUUCUCAUCCUUUGCCAUCGAGCCGUUGAUUACUCUUUGGCAAGCUCUGAGUGGGAGCCAUACACCUCAUCCGUCGACAUAAUUCGGCGUCCGUGCGGUCCUCAUAAACUCGCUCGCAGUGUGCUCAAGUGCCUUCAACAUGGCCGAUCAGCCGUUGUCACACCUACAUCCGUUCAGCACGACCCAAUGGACUCAUUGGGCUCAACUCUCCCCAUCCGCUCUCACACCCCACCACCCAUCGAAUCUGCAAUCACGUCGCCCGUCCUGUCAGAGUUCAGCCCAGUGCAGGAUACUCGGAGCACACCAUCCUCCCCCAGGCCUCUUGCGCCUACAGAGCCAUCCAUAGUUACUGCGCCCCCGGAGGAAAUUGCAGCAGCCCCUCUACCGCCGCCUCUUGCGGAGAGUACUACGCGGGUAACACGACCAGCUCGAGUUCUCGUGGUUGACGACAAUCGCAUCAAUCUGAAUCUCAUGAUGACUUUCAUGAAGAAGCGACAAUUGACAGAACUCGCCGCUGCAGAGAACGGCAAACUAGCGGUUGAAGAAGUGGAGAAGCUGCCAUGCGGCUUUGAUAUUAUUUUCAUGGAUAUAUCAAUGCCCGUCAUGAACGGCUUCGAAGCGACGCGCGCUAUCCGGUCACUCGAAAAAGAUAACGGAGACCGGAAGCCCGCCAUCAUCAUCGCUUUGACGGGAUUGAGUAGCUCUCGCGAUGAGUCUGAAGCUCUUGCCUCUGGUGUCGAUAUGUUCCUCACCAAGCCGGUUUCCUUCCGCGAGGUUGCUCGGCUUCUGAACGAGUGGGAGAGAGAUGGGUUAGAGAAAGAGCGCAGGGCCAAUUCGUGA